AUGGAGACCUCUCGCGGCCCUCCGCGGGUCAAGAACAAGGCCGCAGCGCCUAUCCAGAUCUCAGCGGAGCAGCUGCUCCGCGAGGCCGUGGACCGACAGGAGCCGGCGCUGGCGGCGCCGACGCAGCGGUUCGCGGAUCUGGAAGAGCUGCACGAGUACCAGGGGCGCAAGCGCAAGGAGUUUGAGGACUAUGUGCGGCGCAACCGGAUCAACAUGAACAACUGGAUGCGGUAUGCGGCGUGGGAGCUGGAGCAGAAGGAGUUCCGGCGGGCGCGGUCGAUCUUCGAGCGCGCGCUGGACGUCAACCCGACAUCGGUGGUGCUCUGGAUCCGGUACAUCGAGGCGGAGAUGCGCAACCGCAACAUCAACCACGCGCGCAACCUGCUCGACCGCGCGGUCACCAUCCUCCCGCGCGUCGACAAGCUCUGGUACAAGUACGUCUACAUGGAGGAGACGCUCGGAAACAUCCCCGGCACGCGGCAGGUGUUUGAGCGGUGGAUGUCGUGGGAGCCGGACGAGGGCGCCUGGAGCGCCUACAUCAAGCUGGAGAAGCGGUACGGCGAGUUCGAGCGCGCCCGCGCCAUCUUCCAGCGCUUCACGAUCGUGCACCCCGAGCCGCGGAACUGGAUCAAGUGGGCGCGCUUCGAGGAGGAGUACGGCACGAGCGACCUGGUGCGGGAGGUUUACGGCGUGGCGAUUGAGACGCUGGGCGAGGACUUCAUGGAUGAGAAACUGUUCAUCGCGUAUGCCAAGUUCGAGGCGAAGCUGAAGGAGUAUGAGCGGGCCCGGGCGAUCUACAAGUACGCGCUGGACCGGCUGCCACGGUCGAAGGCGAUGACGCUGCACAAGGCGUACACUACGUUCGAGAAGCAAUUCGGUGACCGCGAGGGCGUGGAGGAUGUCAUCCUGUCGAAGCGCCGGGUGCAGUACGAGGAGCAGCUGAAGGAGAACCCGCGCAACUACGACGUGUGGUUUGACUUUGCCCGUCUGGAGGAGACCUCGGGCGACGCAGACCGUGUGCGGGACGUCUACGAGCGGGCAAUCGCACAGAUCCCGCCGUCGCAGGAGAAGCGACACUGGCGACGAUACAUCUACCUGUGGAUCUUCUACGCUAUCUGGGAGGAGAUGGAGGCGAAGGAUAUGGACCGCGCGCGCCAGGUUUAUAACGAGUGUUUGAAGCUGAUCCCGCACAAGAAGUUCACGUUCGCCAAGGUGUGGCUCAUGAAGGCGCAGUUCGAGAUCCGACAGAUGGAGCUGCAGGCCGCGCGGAAGACGCUGGGCCAGGCGAUCGGCAUGUGCCCGAAGGACAAGCUCUUCCGCGGAUAUAUCGACCUCGAGCGGCAGCUGUUCGAGUUCAUCGAGUGGAACGCGUCGAACAGCCAGGCGUGGAUCCAGUACGCGGAGCUGGAGCGCGGGUUGGACGACACCGAACGGGCGAGGGCCAUCUACGAGCUGGGCAUCGACCAGCCCACGCUCGACAUGCCGGAGCUGGUGUGGAAAUCGUACAUCGACUUUGAGGAGUACGAGGGCGAGUACGACCGCGUGCGGCAGCUGUACGAACGGCUGCUGGAGAAGACGGACCACGUCAAGGUAUGGAUCAACUACGCGCGGUUCGAGAUCAACGUGCCGGGCGAAGAGGAGGAAGAGGAAGAGGACGAGGAGCGGCCGAUCAGCGAGGAGGCCAAGCGGCGCGCUCGGGCGGUGUUCACGCGCGCGCACAAGCUGUUCAAGGAGAAGGAGCUCAAAGAAGAGCGCGUGGAACUCCUCAAUGCAUGGCGCUCGUUCGAACACACGCACGGAUCGCCGGAGGAUAUCGACAAGAUCGAGAAGCAGAUGCCGCGGCGGGUCAAGAAGCGGCGCAAGCUGGACGACGACCGCUACGAGGAGUACAUGGACUACGUGUUCCCGGCAGACGACCAGUCGGCGGCGAACCUGUCGAAGCUGUUGCAGAAGGCGCACCAGUGGAAGCAGCAGCAGGGGCAGGCCUGA